AUGUCCAGCCCCGAUCCAGAACAGACGCAUUUAGAUAUGUCAAUAGACUUAGUUCCAAACGAGCCUUCAGAAAUAGAGCACCCGUGUGUUUCAUGCGGAAGUGCUGGAGUACUUCGACUUCUCAUUGUUCCAGACAUGUUUUUCCCAGACACGCUCAUUAGCACAUUCGCAUGCCACUCAUGCCCCUUCAGAAAUAAACAGAUGGAUGAAAUGGACCAGUCAAAAAAAGGCGUUCGAAUCUCCUGUCAUUUAAACAACAAUGAGGAUCUAAAAAGAUACCUGCUCGUUCCUUCUAAAGCGAAAGUAUCAUUUGAGGCCGGUGAUGAUGGUGUGUCUUACACAAACCAGGAGGACACUGUUACAACAGUGGAGGCGCUUAUAAGAAGCAUAUUUGAGAAGCUUGUUUCCAUGGGGACUCUGCCAGAAGACAAGCUAACAGAGGAGGAGCUUGCUGGCUUGGAUGAGUACGCCAAUAUAGCCAUGUUCCUUCAGAAGUCAAUGGAUGAGUUAGACAUAACUUUGAAGAUUGACGACCCCAAGGGGUUGGCCCGUGUUAUGCCCCUUGGUGCAAACAUGCAGACCACCACAAAAGGCAUUCCAUUGGAGUAUUAUAGAGAUGGUGUUGUGGAGAUCGACGAAUAUGACAUAGAGGAUGAGGUUAAAGAAGAAGCAGAGCAGGAGGACACAAAAGAUGAGAAUCCAGAUGAGAGAUCCGAAGUAGCAUAG